AUGGCGCAGCGACAUGUGGGUUUGCUCAUCCGGUACUACGAUGACAACGACAAGAGGUGCAAAUACUGUGGGGAAAACGGAAUCUCGCUGAGCUUUGAAGAGCUCAAAGCGCUGCGUGCCAGGCUGUCGUCGAGGCGUGAUGCUGCCACAUUGCCUGUGGAUGGUGACACUCUCGCUGGUGGCCAACACCAGCAGCCAAUGGAAACGGAAGCCUUGGUGAGCCAAACCAGAACGAGUCGAGCGUCGGAGACAGAAAAUACAACUUUAGGCCUCGAGGGGCUACAGUUGGUAAAGAGCCAGGAGGCCAUGUUGUAA